AUGUUGCCUACCAUAAUCCUUUCGCCAGCCGAUGCCAGACUUGAAGCUCGAGAGGGAAAAUUCUCGACUCUCGGAUCAACUUCGUUCCGCACAGAGGACAGCUCACAGAAGCUAGGGAAGAAUACAGAAACCUCGAGUAUGAACAAUUACAAACUCAUCCAAGAAACUGUAGAGGUUUCUGAAUCUUUGGAUUCAACACAGACGCUUUUGGAACAGAUUGCAGAGAAUAGAGACGAGAAUGUCAAGACGAAUAGAAGCACAGGCACAAACACGAGCUCAGACACAACCACAACCACAGCCACGAUCGUGGUGGCCCAUCAGCACGCAAAGUUACCUUCGAUGAUACCAGCGAAGAGUUGCGGGGAGGAGGUCAAAAAUUUGUCUAGGUCCUUGGAGAAUAUGAAGAGUGGUAGGGAGCCACACAACAUUCUCCGAGAUGUCGGAGUCGAAACUCGCCUAGAAUUUCUACAACUUUCUAAGGCGCAUGAGUAUCCUGUCAUACGCCACCAUACUCACCACAGAAUUGUUUCUAGCAGUUCUACUCCAGAGAUUAAUGUGGAUCUUGGUGCUAAGAGUACAAGUAUUGAUGGAAGUAGUCUAUACGGAGGAAAUAUUCGAGCAGAUGCGGCUCUUCUGAGCAUCAACUCAAGUUACCGAGAUGGCGAACUUGAGAGAAACGAUGGCACACUUAGGAUGUUUACGAGACACACGCCUGACAAGGACGCCGACGAUAGAUUCUUGGCUUUGUCGGUAUAUUGUCAAGAAGAGUACGAAGACAUAGAUCGAAGAUCAACAUCAGCCCUCCAAGCAGCCAAAACAUUCAGUAGCGAUCUUAGAGUUAUUGAAGCUUGUAACAAGAUGAGUAGAACAUGUGAUACCCUUGUCGAAAGAACCAAGAGUGGUGGUCAUCGUUCGAUGUCAUUCACAGGUGGCGGUGUUAGUGAUAAAUACAUUUGA